GCUAGAGAACAACUGUUCCUUCCACUGUCCUCACUUUACCUGGGAGAAAUCAGAACCUGCAGGGAACUAUGUCAGAGAGUCACCAUGACCUUGCACAAUAACAAUACAACCUCACCCUUGUUUCUGAACAUCAGCUCUUCCUGGAUUCACGGCCCUUCGGAUACAGGGCUGCCCCCAGGAACGGUUACUCAUUUUGGCAGCUACAACAUUUCUCGGGCAGCUGGGAAUCUCUCCUCUCCAAACGGCACCACCAGUGACCCUCUGGGAGGUCAUACCAUCUGGCAGGUGGUCUUCAUUGCAUUCUUAACAGGCGUCCUGGCCUUGGUGACCAUCAUUGGCAACAUCCUGGUGAUCGUGGCAUUCAAGGUCAACAAGCAGCUGAAGACAGUCAACAAUUACUUCCUCUUAAGCCUGGCCUGUGCUGACCUGAUCAUUGGGGUCAUUUCAAUGAAUCUGUUUACUACCUACAUCAUCAUGAACCGAUGGGCGUUGGGGAACCUGGCCUGUGACCUCUGGCUGUCCAUUGACUAUGUGGCUUGCAACGCCUCCGUCAUGAACCUUCUGGUCAUCAGCUUUGACAGAUACUUUUCCAUCACGAGGCCGCUCACGUACCGAGCCAAACGAACAACAAAGCGAGCUGGUGUGAUGAUAGGUCUGGCUUGGGUCAUCUCCUUCAUCCUUUGGGCUCCUGCCAUCUUGUUCUGGCAAUACUUUGUUGGGAAGAGGACUGUGCCUCCAGGGGAGUGUUUCAUCCAGUUCCUCAGUGAGCCCACCAUCACCUUCGGUACGGCCAUCGCUGCCUUUUAUAUGCCUGUCACCAUCAUGACUAUUUUAUACUGGAGGAUCUAUAAGGAAACUGAAAAACGUACCAAAGAACUUGCUGGGCUGCAGGCCUCGGGAACAGAGGCCGAGGCAGAGAACUUCGUCCACCCCACGGGCAGUUCUCGAAGCUGCAGCAGCUAUGAGCUCCAGCAGCAGAGCAUGAAACGCUCAGCCAGGAGGAAGUACGGACGCUGCCACUUCUGGUUCUCAACCAAGAGCUGGAAGCCAAGCGCCGAGCAGAUGGAUCAAGACCACAGCAGCAGCGACAGCUGGAAUAACAACGAUGCUGCUGCCUCCCUGGAGAACUCUGCCUCCUCCGACGAGGAGGACAUUGGCUCAGAGACCAGAGCCAUCUACUCCAUCGUGCUCAAGCUCCCAGGUCACAGCACCAUCCUCAACUCCACCAAACUACCCUCAUCCGACAACCUGCAGGUGCCGGAGGAGGAGCUGGGCACGGUGGGCUUGGAGAAGAAAACCAGCAAGCUUCAGGCCCAGCAGAGCAUGGAUGAUGGAGGCAGCUUCCAGAAAAGCUUCUCCAAGCUUCCCAUCCAGUUAGAGUCUGCCGUGGACACAGCCAAGGCCUCUGAUGUCAACUCCUCGGUGGGUAAGACCACGGCCACUCUACCUCUGUCCUUCAAGGAAGCUACGCUGGCCAAGAGGUUUGCUCUGAAGACCAGAAGCCAGAUCACUAAGCGAAAACGGAUGUCCCUCAUCAAGGAGAAGAAAGCAGCCCAGACCCUCAGCGCCAUCCUGCUUGCCUUCAUCAUCACCUGGACCCCCUACAAUAUCAUGGUUCUGGUGAACACCUUUUGUGACAGCUGCAUCCCCAAAACCUAUUGGAAUCUGGGCUACUGGCUGUGCUACAUCAACAGCACCGUGAACCCCGUGUGCUAUGCCCUGUGCAACAAAACUUUCAGAAACACUUUCAAGAUGCUGCUGUUGUGUCAGUGUGACAAGAGGAAGAGACGCAAGCAGCAGUACCAGCAGAGACAGUCGGUCAUUUUCCACAAGCGGGUGCCUGAGCAGGCCUUGUAGACUGGGGUGCGUUCAAUAGCCGUCACCAAACGCACACAUCAACCCAAAACCUUAGGAGGGAGUAAGGUGAGGGUGGGGGUGAUCUCUGGCGCUGAUAAACAUGUUUUUAUCACCCAGACGUGAAAGAAGCUGCCUGUUUCCCGGUCCAUUAAAUAAACCCAUUUUAAUGUCAAAAGUCAAAUACCUAUUCAGCCAAAAAUAAGUAAGCUUAUUACUGAAUAUGAAGGAAUUUAUUCUGAAAUAGACUUUGUUUUUUCUUAAAGAGAAGGAAAUAAUUUUUUCAUAGCAAUUACACACCCAGAUUGGUCUGCCUGGGUCUUUUAAUUCCCAUUGGCUCUGGAAUCCCGGUGAGCAUAACUAGCUGGCCCAUUGUCACAUGCUCUCCAAGGAUCCCCAAAGUGUCCAUCGGAUCCCACGUGGAACAUGUCAGGCUAGUGAAUCCAUGGUUCUGAAAUUCUUUCAUACUUUGCAAAACAACACCUCCUCGUCCCAGUAGAGCUCUCCGUCUUCUCAUGGGUGUGUCAUUAAACUCUCUUUGUGGACUUGAUUCUUGCAAAGUACUAUUUUGUGCAGUUCAAGUUUCAUACAAGUAAAAGAUAUAUAAAUAUAUAUGU